AUGGCAUCCGUCUUGCGUGGCGGUGCGUGCGCGAAGCGCCGUGCGUCGAGCGAAGAAGAGCCGCCGGCCAAAAGGCAGAAGCUAUCGAUCAACGCUGAAAAUCAAAAUCGAGGUCCGAAUUCUUCAGAGAACACCCUGGAUCAGUCAAUGGAGUAUGCUACUGAGGCGUCUGCCAUGCUUGUUGCACUAUUCGAAGCACUGCAUGGGCGGCGCCCGGUGGGAAGCAGCGAAAAUAUCAAGUCUUCAGGUGCUGGGGACGAUGUGGAAUCUGCAGCAGCUGUGUCUGCGGGGGAAGAGGCGUCGCAAGUCGAUGUAACGCGAGAAAAAACUAGCCCUGCUCCUGCAACAUCAGGACACCAGGUUGAGAGCAUGGCAUUGCCUCAAGACGAGAAAAAAUCCGCUGAUGUCUGUAGCACAACAAAUACAGCUUCAACUUCUUCUAGUACAACUGGUUACAACUCCAACAACGCAGGCGAAACGCCAAAUAACACGACCAUCUCAGAUGCGCGCAUAGAGCUGCUGCAGAGCUGCUUUCCUGCGUGCGCGGCUACCGUUCCAGGUCGACGAAACAAAAAUCACAAAGAAGUGUUUGCAGCAGUUGGGGAGCUGGUCCGAGAAGGCGCGACACAGCUCGCACAGCGAAAAAAACAACUGGAAGAAGGUAUCUUUUGUUGUGCUGAGUAGAAGAAAGUAUCUAGUUCUAAACAACUGGAAGGAGGUCCACGAUUGAUUAUGACUGUGCCCGUGCCUAGAUAAUGCGGUCCUUUAAAUGGCUCGCUUAGAUGUUGUCUGUCGUCUCUCUUGGAUGCCUCGCGCCCCGAGGCGCAGGGGUCUCUUAAGUGCUUUGCUUAGGCGCCUCGGCCCCUGGUAUGCAGAGCUUCCUUAAGUGCCUCGCUUAAGUGCCUCAGCCCCCGUCAUGCGGCGCUCCCCUAAGUGCCUCGCUUGAGCGUCUCGCUUAAGUGCCUCGGCCCCCAUUCUGCGGCGCCCUCUUAAGUGCCUCGGCACCCGGUAUGCGGUGCUCCCUUAAGUACCUCGCCCAAGGUCCUCGGAUUCCGGUAUGCGGCUCUCCCUUAAGUGUCUCGCUUCGCUUAAGCGGUGACUGUUGCGCGUAAGCCCUGUCUCGCUUAAGUGGUGAGUGCUGAACCUAAGCCUCGCUUCGCUUAAGCGAUGACUGUUGCGCGUAAUCCCUGUGUCGCUAGAGUGGUGAGUGCUGCACCUAAGCCUCGCUUCGCCUAUGCGGUGACUGUUGCGCGUAAGCCCUGUCUCGCUUAAGUGGUGACUGCUGUAGCUAAUCCUCGCUUCGCUUAAGCGGUGACUGUUGCAGCUAAGCCUCGCUUCAGUCUCUUGGUCACCGUUCUUUUUAGUCGCUUUUCUUUAAACUGGUAUGACGUUUUGUUCCUAUAGAGCUUCGUCGUAAUAACGAUGAAUGACUAACUAAAGGGAUCGAUUACAGUGAUUAGACGAGAUUUGCACUUUACGAUCUAGAGAAUUUCAUCUUUCUCUGUAUUGUCUUCUUCGCUCACCAUCGCAGCCACGACGGCUCAGUGGAGCCUAGUUGCGGAGUCGCGCGAAACCGUUGCUGGUGCCGAAGAUCUCGCACAGAGCGCGAAGGCUGGGGAGGGCGAACAACGAAUGGUGGCAGAAGCCCUUCAACAUUCGGUAUCCAAAUUAGAGGAAGAAGUAAAAAUAAAUCGCCAUGGAACUCGUACGGUUGAACAAAACCGAAGGGAAAUUGAGUGCACAGUUGAGGAACUGGAGCGAGCACUGCAGGGACUGAGAAAUGCGCGCGAUUCUGUCAAGCCCUCCGCUGCAGAAAAAGGCACUUAAACCUCCUUGUUGAUGCGUGUUCCUUUUUCUGCCUACUGCUCAUACACGCCGUAACAAAAACUAUCACGAUGAAUGUGUGGUCACUACACAGCGCAAUUCUUUCUUGAUAAAUAGACCUAUUCUAAUCAUGAUUCUUGUUUCGAUCCCACAGAUGCAAUCGAGCAUCACCUGCGACGGUGCAAAGCAGACGAGUCAAUGCUACAGGCAUUGCAGUAUGCGCAUGAGCCAGCAUCGUUCGGGAAGAAAGCCAUUGCCCGCGCGGAAACGAUUUUGGACAGCGAGCUUGUGCAUCAUAGGGACCGCCUGACAGAUGCUAGCGAUUCAUUGAAGAAUCGUGAAGAGAGGCUACAGGGUAUUUUAAAUACGGUGUCGCGUUGUUGAUAUCGUACUUUAAGUUUUUGGUUUUCGUAAUUGUUGAAAAGAACAUGCUGCAUACUGCCUAGUAUGGAAGUGUAAAUGGUGGCUGGUUACCACAUCCAGUCAUUCAACAAUUCAUUGCAGGCCUACAGGCUUGCGUGGCAGCGGAAGUUGCCAAUCGUGAAGUCGCUGAGGAUCUCUUGGCGGAGAAGCUAGAAGUAAAACACAGUGCGGACGCCGCAGUGCAGAGCGCAAAGGCGCAACUUCGCGAGGUGGAGCGCAAAUUACAGGAGUUCACAUCACUACAAGAAGAGGCGCAGAAGGAGACGUGCGCGUUCGCGCAGAAGGUCGAGAAGGUUUUCGAGUAUUUGGAGCUACGCGGGCAACCACGAGAGAGACCGGCACCGACUCCAAGAUCAGCGAUCAAGAAGCCGAAUGCUGCGGCGACACCGAAGUCGGUAAAUAACAACAUAAGUAGUUGUUUGAUGUCACACCCCAACUAUACAUGAGACAAGAACACCCUGAUGACAAGACACACUUGUUGUGCAAGAAAAUCAAUUUCCAGCUUUUCAUCCAAAUCAACGAAUCGUCUGCUCUAUGUAGGAUCAAACGCAAUUUCUAAACCCAAAAUAUGACUCUUCGUUUACCUGCUAGGAACGACCGUAAAUAAUCCCAAAAAGUGAAAAAAUAGCUGGUAGUUGCGCUAUUACUGUAAGGCUAAUGGUGUAAGACACAAGAUGUAAAAAAUGUAGCAGUAGCAGGUCGGAUUUCUGUCUUCUUUGUUCGGGUCUGCGAGCAAAGUCAAGGAAGAGGGCAGGGCAAUGGGCGCAUCUCGCAGUACCGGACUUGAAACGCCAGAAGCCCACGGCGGACGGCGGAUGUCGACCUCUGUUCCGGCUCUGCCGCGCGCCGGUGAAGUUGCGGCCUCCUCGAAACUGAUUCGCGAUGGCAAGCACAGCGAGAUGCAUGUCCCGCGAAAUAGCAAAACGUGCGAAACAACGAAGAAGGUGCUUGCUUUCGAGGACGACUCGAAUCGCCCUCCAGCUGCUUGCAGUGGUGGUGGCGGAGGUAGUGGUCGGGCACUCAACGCAAGUCAGGGCUCUUUGCUUUUAGAAGAUGACGAGCAAACCGAGCGAGGACGAAAGUGCAAUGAAGAUUUCUCUUUUCCACAUUUGUGUGGCAAGAUGCUAGGAGAAAACACGGGUGGACUUUUUUUGUCGUCUACAGCAAGCGCAUCGAGCAGCAGCUCUUCUUCUCAUCAAAACAGCGCAUUGUCAUCUGCUGCGUCUGCUUCCUCUGCGCAAGGACAGAAAGGUGUUCCUCAAAAAGAGCAGCAACGGAGUAUGAAGAAAGACGACAACGCACCAGGAGAGAGUGCGAGAAAGGUCUUGUGAAUUACACUUCGUGUGUGUGUGUGUGUGUGUGUGUGCUUAGCAAAAGUAAACAAAAAAGUUUCAAAAGAAAACAAGUGGUGCUGCAUGCAAAUACUUUUGUCGGUAAAAAGUGAAGAUGCUCUUGAAUGAAGUAGGAAAGUAGUAGAUGAACUGUCUUUGGAAUCAAGUACUACUUGUUGUAGCAACAGAUUUCUUUCCUAAUCGCAAACCUCCAGGUUCACUGGCCUGACGAGAAACGGCAGAGUCUAGUAUCGAAAAUUAUGUCUCCCGUAAGGAAGACGCUGAAGCGACUCAGCGAAGCCUUUCUCCCGGGACGCCAGGGAUGUGUGGAAGAGGAACAACACCAGGAAGCGUCUAAUUAAGGCUUCAGGAAAUGCAUCUUUCGAAGGAGCGUCGCCUUCUUGGAAAAGUAGGGUUCUACAAACAUAGCAGAAAAGAACGAAAAGAGCGUCAAGGUAGAUGACAUGACGUGAGCUGGUGUGAGAGGGGUAAAACACGACCUCCAAGAAGAUGUGCCUCAGAAAGAUGGACUCCAAGAUCUAAGCCAGUAAGUCUGAGCCAGCGCUCCACGAGGAGAUCGAAUAUGAGAAGCGAGACAGCACAUCGGAAGACCAGGUACCUCCUCUCUGGCGUGCGCGACACGAGCAUGGCGGACUAUUACCAGGAGAAAGUUCCGACGAGCAGUAAAGAUAUGUUCAUGAGAGUGUCUGCCCUAGAGUAUUCGAAAAGCAUAAUGUACUUGUAACAUAUAAUAUUUGAAUUUGUAGUUCUAUACACGAUCGAAAGUAAAAAAAUCUGCUUGUUUUCCUAGCGCUAUCUAUUCAUGAUUGAGGAUCUUGGAGCUUUUUGGGAAGAGGUCGUGUACGUAGCCUGUAUUUGUCUCACUAGAAAAAAAUGAAAUACCACCCCUGUAGUUGUACAAAAAGGUAAAGAGAAUAAGCUGCUUGUUCUUUUGAAUCGUUCUAAGUAUCGAUACUGCUCCACUAAAUACUUACUUCUUGUUGUCUUGUGUAUACGUCUUUCGUUCUUUCAAUAAGGAUAUUGAUCGAGGGGUAAGAUUUCUUUGAUCGUAAAUAAAUCUGACAUGACGCACUCAAACAUUGGUAGUCUUGUCGAACUUGACGUCCUCGACAUGCUAGGGUCCGCGGGGUCUUCUGCGGCGUAACCAGAAAAAAUGCUCCGCAGCAAGAAACUAUUAUUCGCUUUGUGCUACGCAACUUUUUAGCUGGAUUCUAUGUCUUCCUUGCAGUUCAGGCUACAGCAGGCUUAAUAAUAGUCUGCCUCAGGAGACGAACAAAUCGCUUCUUAUUUGUUGCGCUGUGCUUUGUGGGGUGCUCCACUCUGCACAACGGAUGAAUUCAUCUCGAACUAGUAAUUGAUAGAAGAUUAUCUUCGAACGUUGACUUGUUCGAAUGAUCGAAUUGGUCG